GCCGUAGACUUGGUAGUCAAAGGGAAAAGACGCCACUUCCCAAUGGAGCUGUUGAGAAAGCCCUCUGCUCGCUGACCAGGAGAGCUUAUAAGCACACCCGCUCCGAGUGUCUCUUCUUCCUCCCAUUCUUUGACUUGGCUCGCCGAGAUCGAAACCGAGCUGUCAUGGACGUAGAGGAGCUCUCCGGUUUCAGGCUCCCCCCUGCGGGCUGGAAUCGAUCCUCUUUAGCUAUGAAAUCCUCUAGCCUCCACUCAGGCAGCGAUGAUGAUACCUGGGAAUAUUUUCCAUGCCCCUUCUGCAAUGUUGAUGUUGAAAUUCCUUCUCUCUGUAGCCAUUUACAAGAGGAGCACUGCUUUGACAUGGAAAAUACGGUAUGCCCUGUUUGUGCAGCCAAUCCAGGGAAGGAUAUGAUUGAGCAUUUUACAGUGCAGCAUUCACAGUUACUGAAGAGGAGGAAGUCCCAGAAAACAAGUUUAUGGACUAAUAAUUCCUAUGUGGUAGAGAAGGAACCAUAUGAUGUUUGCUCCUUUCUUGAAGUGGACUCAGUGAACUGCCAGAGCAAAAUUACACCUGAUUCUGCUCCUGAUCCACUACUCUCAUCAUUUAUUGGCAGUAUAACUUUCCCAAGUAUGAACUCUCUGGAAGAAAACUCUACUGAUGUUGGAUCUACCUCUUUACAUGGUCAAAGCUUGGAGCCGUCCUUGUCCCAUGAAGUUUUGGAGCAGGACUAUGAAGAGAGAAUACAGAGAGUUGAGUUUGUUCAACAGAUGCUUAUAUCAACCAUUUUUUAAGAUUCUCUUCGGUCUUCCGGUCCAUUAAAGUUGGUGGUCAAGCUCUUAUUUAUGCUCCCACUUGAAGUUGUUCCGGCACAUCUGGUGUACGGUUACUAUUCAUGAUUGUUUACAUUUUGAUAUGGUGUGCAAUUAAUUAUGUCAACUAUGUAAAUUUAUAUGCUUCAGCCAAGACAUAACAAAUGGAUGUAUCAAUUCCGCACUUCGCAUCAUGCAAUGCAGAAAGAGAACUCAGCCAAACAUAUAUAAUAGUUAUUGCAAGUUUUCAGAUUA